AUGCUCGCCAUCCCCCGCCUCUCCCAAUGCACCGCCCGUACUCUAUCGAUGACGUCAGCACUUCUGAAAGAGAAGAAAUCCACGUCAACAGCCAACGUGGAAUUCGGUGACGACGGUCUUCCAAAAGACUACAAACUGAAGACGUUACGUGCCGGAAGUCGUCGAUUAGACACGUUUGUCAAUCGGGCGACCGGACAGAGCAGUAGUGAAGUCGUCAAACUGAUUAUGCAAGGAAAAGUACGUGUCAACGAGGAGGUCUACACGAAAAAAGCGUAUAACAUUUGCCAAGAUGACGUCAUCGAGGUGUGGAAAUCACCAUUUGCAGAUAAUAACUCGUUGGCGAAUGUCGAGAGAACGGAGAUCGUUUCAUACGAAGUGACCGAUCAAGGGUACAAUAUCGAAGUGAAGAGUUGGAAGAACUUCUUGUCCGAUAAUUGGCGAUCGUCUCAAUAA